AGCCCUCGUAUACGUUUGCACUUCACUUGUCUACAAGGCACAGUGCGUUCGAGGAAGCUGCUACAGUUGCUGUAGUAUGGCGUUCGACAGGUCAGUUACAGUGCUUCCGAUGCUUCAUCUGCCGAAAUUGCCCUGUUCAGAUUUUACGGUUCAGACACAGCAGGGGACCGAAAUACCAUGUGAAGUACCAGGUUCGAUUCAGUAUUUGUCCACGAAGUCGUGCAACUUCUUGAGGAUCAUGACCACAGACGGAACCACACGCCUAGCUUACGUUGCGUCUUGUCCGCAACACCAGGCAACGGAAUCUGUGUUACCACAGGCUUGUCCAGAAGAGCAGAGCAGAUGCAUGCGGCCUUUGCACCCUGGAGCGAACGGUCCCGUUGGAGCACUUCGGAGCUUGAGGCCCUUGAAGCCUCAAGCAACACCCACGGCUCAAAAUCCGUCAGGAAAUGCAGAAGAGUAUACAACGAACCUGUCUGCGGUGCACCAGAUCAGGACUAAACGUAACCACGUAAGCGAUGGUUGGCAGUACAAAGGCGCUCUUCCCAGGAAGUACAUUGCUUGCAAGAAAAUUUUUGCGGCAGCUAUAUGUCCACAAGUUUCCCAACAUGCGACUCUUCAGGACCAUCAUAAGCUAACUCCAGAUCAGGCAGUUCAAGUGUCCCGACCUCUUGCAAAAAGAACUAGGCCGGUAAAAUUACUCGAGAAGCAGAAUUCUGAAGUUUCAGCUUCAACGACUGCCAGUGUAGUUCAAGUACCAGAAGAAUCAGAGGGCGUAGAGGAUAGAGCGCUUAUAGCUGCUAAACGGUACCGGCGUAAUGAAGCUCUGAUGAGUGUGAUUUUGAACAGUGUCAGGGUCACACCGUCUUCUACCAGUCAACAAAGCUGUCCGCAACGGAAGGCAGAAGACCUAACGAAAUCCUUGGACACACUUGAGGACGAUGUGGACCGGAUGCGAGACAAGUUUCAGAUCAGGAUGCAGGCCAUCAAAGAAGCAGAUGAAUUAUUCGACUACAAACUGCGGAGGUUUCGACAGCUAGAGGCUUUCAUAAAGUCUGAUGAGUUUCAGCGCUCCGUUAUAGCAUGUGAGCAGAAGCUGCUGAAGCAAAGAGCCUGCAAGUCAACGGAAUUGCGAUGACGUUACUUUGGAAAGGCAUUCACUUCGUGUCAGUGCUUACCAACAAGAAAAUCACAUUUCGUGCCGGUAUUCCGCUGGCAUCGUUGCAAUCAUACGUGCGUUUUCGACUAUUUUGUAAAUUAAUUUGUUUCCUGGCGCCACCACUUGUGCUGAAGUCGCGAAAAUGGAUAGCGCAUGUAGCGCCAUCUGUGCCAAUUGGAAGUCACUUUUUGUGUGCUUUUUUUCGUUGUAGGUGGCGGCAGUGUUCUUUGUGUAUUAUUGUGUGCCUCAUUUGCGGAGCAAAAGAGGAGUGCUUUUCUAAUCUAUUUCAGUUAUGAUGCCUCAAGGCAGGAGUUUGCAAGAUGGCAACUGCGAGUGCUGUUCGUAGGGUGUCCAACAUAAUAGGAAUGACACAGGAAGACAUGCAACUUAUCAGCAACCCUUACGUUGUCGGUGCUGCCAGGUCCGCUGACUCGCUCAACAAGCAGGUGGGAAGCGGCAUUCGUAAGUCUGUCUUGGAGUCGCGCAUAGAGUUUGAAGAAGACAAUAGCCGUGAUCGGCAGUGGUUGGACAAUGUUCAGGGAAAGUACAUCCAACUUAACCCAGGAAGGAAUGACAGGACUGUGGCCAAUGGAGCUGUAAAAUUGACGGAGAGGUCUUCAGGUUUGCCGGUGGAGAAUGGCGUCAAAAAUGGCAUCUCACCCGUGCGGUCUCGUACUAGCUCUCCCCAGAAGCAAGGUACAGCCGAAGACGGCAUCCCUCGUCCACGGGUUCGACUGCACCCGGCGGGAGCCGUAACCCUGGAAUGGCGCAAGAUGCGGCGGAUAGGGGUUGGCCUCCUCAACGCCGGAAACACGUGCUUUCUCAACUCUGUGCUUCAGUGUCUGAGCUACUGUCCACCGUUGGCCAACUACCUCCUCGAUGAGGACAACCACAUCGCCAAGUGCAAGUCGCGGAUGACGUUCUGCAUGAUGUGCGAGCUGCAGCGACACGUGAAGAGGGCCCUUGAAAGCAGCACUACUAACCCCAUCCGGCCGGCGGUAAUUGUAGAGAAUUUACGGAACAUAGCAAAGCAGUUUCGGCACGGCAGCCAAGAGGACGCCCAUGAGUUCCUGCGUUACGUCGUGGAUCAUCUGACGCGGUCGUGCAUCAACACGUACUCUGGAAGCAUUCCUUUGGACCGUGUGAGCAAGGAGACGACUGUCAUUCACGAAAUUUUUGGUGGCUACCACAGAAGCCAAGUGACGUGUCUAGAGUGCAAGCACACUAGCAACACUUACGACUUGUUCAUGGAUUUCAUUUUGGAUAUCAAGGGUGCCCAAUCGCUAACGCAAGCCCUGGAAAAGUCAGUGGAGCCGGAGAUCCUGUCGGGCGACAACGCAUACGAGUGCCCGCGUUGCCGCAAGAAAGUCAGGGCCCAGAAGAGGUUCACCGUCCAUAGGCCACCCAAGGUUGCCACCAUACAGUUUAAGAGGUUUGACUCCAUGGGCCACAAAGUAACGAGACAGAUGACUUACUGCGACAAGCUGGAUCUCCGACCCUACAUGUCGGAUAGACAGGGAGCACCACUGAUGUACCGUCUCUUUGGCGUCCUGGUGCAUUUCGGCCACACGUGUAAUUCUGGCCACUACCUGUGCUACGUCAAGAACUCCAAUGACAGCUGGUACUUGAUGAAUGACCAGCAGGUGCAUGAAGUAGGAUUGCAAAAGGUUUUGAACCAAGAGAAUGCUUACCUCCUGUUUUAUGUACGGCACAUGCCCAGGGAAAAUGUGGUGAAGAAGUCUGCCCCUUUGACGUUGUCCAACUCUCCUUCUGUGGAGCCUGUACGCAACGGCCACAUCGAACCCUCGUGGAAGAAAAAUCUGUUCCAAAAGUCGUCCUCUGCGCCCUCCUCGACGCCUUCCUCUCCGUCCCUCACAAACGGCCCCAGUACAGCCCCUGCACCGCAGAAGCCGGCCACCCCUCUCCCGCUCAACAGAUCAAAAAUAUCGUUCGGCAUUCGCCAGCCCUCUGACAGCCCCGCUGCCUCUGCCGCCCACGGUACGCCCGUGAAGCGUCCCGCACCCGUGGUGACGACCCCGGUCAAACGUCCCGCACUGGGCUCCACCGAAGGAUUCACGCCGUCAAAGUCUCGUCUGGUUCCCUACACUAGCAACUCCUCGGAUACGGACGACGACAGGAAGACGUCGAGUGCCGCGACACCCCAACAGGUAGAUGGCGCCGAAUCUCCCAAGGUGAAGAUAGGGGUGUCUAUGUGGAACGUUUCGGCCGUGAAGCCACCCGCAGCUAGCUGCCAGCCGCCGGCAGGGUGGAACGUCACGAGUACGAAGGAGGGCGGGGACCCCGUGAGGUCCGAGGAAGCGGGGUCGGGCGACGACAGGGUACCUUCGGAGUCCCACAACGGCACCGUGGAGAAGCGGCCCUUUCUGGCAUCGCCUGCGGUGGAGCGGGUGCGACAGGGCGGCGGCGGCGACGGCUCUGCUCCCGUUUCCACUCCCGCCUCCGGGGAUCAGGAAGACGGUGUUGCUGGCACUGCGUCGGGCUGUGACACGCUGCCUGCACCCGGCGUCUCCAGGGUGCCGCUGCAGGGUGCUCCUUCACACUGGGAUGAGAACGGAGGAGGAAGCAGAUGGCAGGGAAAGGGAAACUUGAACGGAGAAAAUGGGGGAGGAGAGCCGUGGGUGGAGAAGGAGCCCACGUGGGGCCCCGAACGGCAGGGAAAUGGGGAGUGUAGUUUUGAGUCGGGUGGGGAAGGAAACGAGGAGGAAACAAGAAGGUCACGUGGGGAACGUUUUGAAAAAUACAUACGCGAGGGUGGGAAUUCCUUUGGCCAGUCCUCACACGCAGGUGGCUUCAGAGACAACUACAUGCACCACAGAGGCUUCCAUGAUGGCCGUGGUGGUGGAAGGAUCUCAAAGCGACCGAAUUUCCGUUGGAAGUCGGGUUCACAGUAUAGAAACCACGACAAGCUGAGGAAGAUGGGAUUCUUGGUCAAAAAUGAUGGGUACCAGUCAAGGGACGAUGGACGAUACGGCAAUUCCAGCAAUCCGUUCCAGGAGGCACACAACUUCCGAAACAGCGGCCGUCACGGCGGAGGAGGUGGCGGAGGCUACAGGCAGGACUCAAAGUCCCGCUACCACAAGCAGAACUUCAACAACCACCGCAGGGGUGGAGGGCAUCGCUACCAGCGGCAGAUGAACCGCAAUCACUACUCAAACUGGACAGUGUAGUGACCUCCCCCGAGUCAUUGCUUUCGAACCUUGCCGGAAAAGCGGUACACAACACACCUCCGAGCAGCGCUACAUGCCGAACACGUGUAGACCGUACCCUGCCAACGUGGGACGCGCUCGUCCGGACGUCAGCCUGCUUGGGAACCCUGCCAAAGUGGGGGAAGCGUUUCCCCCCCGUCUGGCUCAAUCGUGGAUACCUGUGUGUGAUGUGCGACAAUGGGGAGCUGUACAUAAGUGAUGGCUGAGUGUCUGAAUGCCGGGCGUUCACCGUACAGCCGAGAUGGGACACCGCAGGCGGAACUGCCAACCCGUGCUGCCACCUUUUGAUCUUGUACAUAGAGUAUCACUAUUUUUCUUUCUUUCUUUUUUUUUUAUGUGGGCUCUGCUAUCGUAGCUGAAAGAGUUUGUAUUCUUGCCCUCCCGAACGAGUGCCAUGACACCACUGCAAGUUCUCACUUUGGCUGUAGUGCUCCUGAAGUGCUUCUAGUCGGAACAUUGGAUCAGUGACGUGUCCAGUGACGUUAUGUGACCCGAUGCACAUUGUAAAUAAGUUGGCGCCUUCAAGUGGGCUUUGUGCCAGGUUUUGCUACGGGAAGCGUUGUUUGUUGCACAUAUUUCAUGUAAAUAUUAUUCACACUGUGCACAGGGGUGUACACCUAGUUUUUUUUUUUGGGGGGGGGGGGG